UAUCGCUGUCAACAGAGUUCAGUAUUGCAGGAACAAUGGCACACUAAAGAGCUGCCUCCAAGCUUCACCGAAAAUGGCGUUUUUAUAGCUAUCUAGAUUUUUAUACGCACUUUAAAGGGGAAUGAAAAUAGACCUCAUUCACUCGAUAGAAGCGGAGAAGAAACAGGACUCAGGAGAAAGCGGGCUCUUUGUGAUUUGGGAAGAUGAAAGUUUCAGGCGGCCUCGAUGCUUCUAGGCUCACAAAUGUCCUCGACGACUACCUCAUUAAAGAGGAAAAGUUCCAACCAAAUCUAAAAUGUCUUACGGGGAGAAAGGGUCCAAAUGAGAUCAGUUUCUUCCACCGAGACAAAAGCGUCUGCAUUCUCUUGCAUAUUAACAGACAUUGCGGGUUCCAGCCUGAGACAUUUGCCCUUGCCGUGAACCUCCUAGAUCGCUUCCUAUCUGUUGUCAAGGCAAAUCCAAAAUAUCUACCAUGUAUCUCAAUAAGCUGUAUGUUCCUGGCUGCCAAGAUGGUAGAAGAAGAUGAGGCCAUUCCCACUGCCGGUAACCUGAUAGGAGUGAGUGGCCUCAGCUGCACCCCAUCAGACCUGCUCCGAAUGGAGAGGAUUAUCCUGGACAAGCUGGGCUGGAAUCUGAGUGCUGUUACUCCUCUGCAGCUCCUUCAAGUUUUCCAUGCACUUUGUGUAUCCAAAGGCUACCUGGACAACUGUCCAGUCAGCGAACACCUGCACCACAUCACUCUUAAGCUUGAAGAACUUCUCUGCAACCACAAGUUUACCUUCUUCAAGCCAUCCACACUUGCCCUAUCACUGUUGAGUUGUGAGAUCAGUUCCCUAACAAAUGUGUGGAUUGAAGCAACUAUUAUGCUACAAGAUAUGGCUCAGAUAGCUGAUUCUGAACUGAGCUACAGUAGGAUAGAUGUGCUCCAGUAUUUCAACUUUCUUAUCGCCAAUCAAUGUGAAAAGUUCCUUUCUGCAUUCCCAGAAGAAUCUGUAUUUCCAUUCAACUCACAUGUUUCCCCUGUAUGCCAGAUUAUACAAGCUGGAGAUAAAAAAAUCUUUAUAGGCCCUAGCAAUCACCUUGCAUUGACACACGAAGAGUCAUGGAAGGAGACUGAUUAAGUAGAUUUAUGCUGUCUGUUUUAUCAGAGGAAAAGAAUAAUGGCCAAUCCAGUCAUGUAUUCUUUUACAACGAUAAAACUACAAGUUGUAUAGCAUUUUUCAUCUGUUUGCAUCAAUCUUGUGUCUCAUCUUAUACAAUUUAGAAUUAUAGUACUACAUACAUCCGUUCAAAAACUAGGGUAUUAUAUUACGAAUAGCUAUGAAAUAUUCUGCUAAGAAAUAACUCUCAGUGAUUUAACACUGGAUAUAAUGUAGAAGCUUGUCAGGAACAAGGAGGAUGGGUUUCUUAAGUACACAUUUUUGUCACAUCGUUUUUGCAAUUUUUUAUUUCCCUUUGUCUAUACACCCAUUUUCAUAACAGCAACCAACAUUUCUGAGCAGUCAGCUCCAUUUUAGGUGAUUUUUAGGAAUUUGAUUUUUAUUUGCAAAAAUAAUGGGAUAUUGCGAUUUAGUUUGUAUUAUCCCAUGAUUAAUCGGUUCUUUGAAAAUUAUUAGCUUUUAAAAAAGAAAAAUGAAAAGAAUGAUGAUAGAGUCAUGUACUGAGUGAGGAAAGUUUCUACAUUUUAAAGAUCUUUGUAAAAUACAUGUAAAAUUUGUACAGGGAAAACAAAGUUAUGAAAAAAGGCUCGACCCCAUUAGUUUAAUGUACAAAGAGUGUAAAAAAAAACAUUUGUUUUAAUGGUACAUAGCUGUGAAUAGUGAAACAUUCAUACUCUAGGAAGAGAUGUAUGUAAUAUAGAUAAAUUUGAUAUUUAUAUCAGAAUAAAUUCUGAAGAUGUUAUGAAAA